UGUGCUGCUGCUUCGAACACAGAGGUUUAGAAAAGAGUUUCUAUUAAAACCUACAGGCUUUAUUGGACUGUACAAUGAAAUGGGACUUUAAGUUUAAUUAAAGUAAACACUUUUAGAAUUCUACAGAAUUAUGCUCUCACUGCUUUCCAUGAGAAAUAGCAGGGGUGUACAGCAAGUGAGACCCAGGGGUGUGGAAUACAACGCAGACCUGCCAAGCAACAGAUUCUGCCCACAACUGGAUAUAUCUGCAAGAGAAUUGCAGCAUAGUAGUGAACCAAGAGCAGUGAACAGCUAUGGACCUUUAGCAAAAAUGAAUGUGAUGAACAUGGGCAGUGAAGUGGAAUCAGAUUUUGAAAUGCCUGAAGAAGAUCACUAUAACAUUGUUGACAGCCCAGAGGAAAGAAAGCAUGUCAGAAUUCUACCAGCCAGACCUCCUAGGAAUGCCGACGAAGAUUAUGCAGACAGAAGGGUUGUGCCAUGUGAUGGCUCCCUUUCCCCACAGAGUUCCUCUCCAGUCUCGGGCAUAUUGAGAAACAUACCCCCAAGACCACCAAAUAGAACUAUUCCAGGUCCAUCUGUCAACAGGAACUUAAAACCAACCCGACUUUUGCAACCCCCAACAGGAGAAAUAAUGAACAGAUUUGAUACUAAGAAUCCUCUGCUUCCACCCAGGCCUGCAAGGACGUUACUUAAAGAACAUCAGCCUCUUCCUCCAGAGACACGGAUCAGGACAUCACAGACUGAAACAACACAGGAUAAACCAUGGAGGCCAAUACCUGCAAGUCGGAAAAAAAAUUGUGUUAAUCAUCAAUCCAAUGAAAGUCCAGUUACGUUCCCUCCCCGCAUUAAUUCUCCACAACAGCUCAAGAGAACUGAAGUCCCCAGUUCAAGACCUCCUGUUACUCCUCCUAGACAGUCACAGGAUCUGGAGUUUAGACAAGGCUGGGCUACAAGUUCCAGUACAGCUGCAACUGGUCGAGGCUCCUCAGUUUCAGGUAUAACAGCACAUAAGUCAAGAUACGUCCAUGAAUGGCCUCAGACUAGAAAUGACAUUCAAAAGCUGAAACCUACUGAUCUGCAGAAACCCAAGAUAACCAGCAGCUCAACAGCUCAGGGUUUUACCAGGCAUAGCUGGUACAUCGGAACGUGUGAUCGGUGUGAUGCAGAAGCUGCUUUAUACAGGAACAGUGUGGAUGGGGCAUUUCUAGUACGAGACAGCUCAAAGAAGAUUGCUGAUGAACCGUAUGUCCUAGUCGUGUUUUAUGGAAAUAAAGUGUACAACGUUAAAAUCCGUUAUCUGCUAGAAAGUCAGCAGUAUGCACUUGGAACAGGACUAUGGGGAAAUGCUAAGUUUGAUUCAAUUAGUGACAUCAUCAAAUUCUACAAGACAUUUCCAAUAAUACUUAUCGAUGGAAAGGAUCAAUCAGGGACUCAAAAGGAGCAGUGCAUCUUAACGUAUCCUGUUACUGAAAAUGACAUCAAACAUCUGUGGUUUUUCAAUCCCUGUUAGCCAAAACAUCCAGCCUAUGAAAGCAAUGUCGUUGAUUUUUUGUGAAGUAAUGAAUCGAGACAAUCUGGUUAGACAAAAGAAAAAUAUUGUAAAUAUCCAUUUCAAUAAAGUAUCUUCCUUUAAA